AUGGAGAACAACGAAGAAGCAAAAGUGAAGGGAGAAAGUUGUUUAAAAAAACGAUAUUUUAUUCUUGGAAUGUUCAUUGCUGUAUCAGCAUCCAGUGGAUUUCAAUGGAUUGAAUACUCAAUAAUUGCUCAUACAAUAGUUAAAUUCUAUAAUGUUAGCUAUAUGUGGGUUGAUUGGACUUCGGUUAUUUAUAUGGUUGCUUAUGCUAUCUUGGUAAUACCUGCCAGUUGGUUUAUGCACAAGUAUGGCUUACGAAAAGCGAUAGUUAUUGGAGCCACUGGUAACUGCAUUGGAUCAGCUAUCAAAUUUGCUUCUACUAGUUCUGAUCAAUUUUGGGUAUCAUUUUUGGGACAAACCAUUGUCGGGUCAUCACAAGUUUUCUUUCUUGGUGCACCGCCACUGUUGGCAGCAAUAUGGUUUGAUCCUAAACAAAUGUCAACAGCCUGUGCUGCAGGAGUGUUUGGAAAUCAGUUAGGUAUUGCUCUUGGAUUCUUGAUACCACCUUUGGUGGUUAAGCCAAAUACUGUGGAAACUAUUGGGGAAGGCCUACACAAACCUCAAACGUCAGUUUUUUCUGAAAAACCACAUCACAAAGGAAAUUUAAGACUGAAGAAUGUCCGUAACGCUGAGGGUGCUGUUGACUACUUCACAUCAUUGAAAAAACUUUCCAAAAAUCCCAGUUUUGUUCUGCUGUUUUUAUCCUACGGUACAGUUUACAGUAUUAAUGUCGGGGUUUUCUAUGCACUUUCAACAUUUUUAAGUCAAAUUGUUUUGUCAUAUUAUCCCAACGAGCAAACUCGCACUGGUACCAUAGGAUUGCUGAUUGUGGUUGCUGGAAUGUUUGGCUCGGUGGCCGGUGGAGUUGUGCUUGACAGAUUUCACCUUUACAAAAUUACUACAGUAACUGUGUAUACGUUCAGCGUUAUUGGCACAGCUGCUUUGGCAUUUUUGCUGCUUUAUGCACCAAUUUCCUCUAUAUUCAUAAUUGCAGCAAUUCUUGGUUUCUUUAUGACUGGUUAUUUGCCAAUUGGUUUUGAGUAUGGUGUUGAACUAACGUUCCCUAUAUCGGAAAGUACAACAUCAGGUCUACUCAAUCUUUCAGCACAGGUUCUUGACCAAUUAUUAUUUUAUUUAGUUUUAUUUAUACGAUUAAAUAGGAAAUAUCUGAUCUUUGGCACUCUUAUAAUAGUAACCUUGGGGCAGAUAUUAGGAUCCGUUUCUGUUCUGGCAUGUAAUAUUAUUCUUACAGCUAUUUUAUUUGUUGGCCUUAUACUGACUAUGUUUAUAAAAUCGGAUUUAAGGCGUCAAAAAGCUCACGAGAAUCUGAAAUGUGAUGUCGGUUAGUG